CCCACGAGAAACUUGCCACGGUGUCAUUUACUCGCAGUGUACAAAUUGUGAAUAAUCAAAAGCCACACACAUUUUAUUUUACGCUGAUUCAACCGAUUGUUGCAAUUUGUUAACGUUUGAUUUGCGUCCAACAGUUUGAGUUCCGUGCGAUUAUCAUUAAAGUUUGAGAAGGGGUUUUUAAUCAUUUGCUACUAAUCGUGAUUGAAAUACAACUGUGCAAGGCUUCGCGAAUCGCAUAUUUCCCUACCAUCACAAUCAAGAUGAAAGUUCCCUCUUCUAUUGUUGGUGCCAAAUUCGAAGUUACGGCUAGCUCGGGUAAUUCGACCGGCAUUAUGCUGCGCCGCAAUCAGGCUAAUGAGCCAAGUCUUAGUAGUAGUAAUCGUAUGAGUAAACGUACGAUUUCUUCGUCGUCCUCGUCUUCGGCGGGUUCCGACUCCUACUGUGUUUCGUUGGCUGUAGGACCGCUGUGGUGGUCCGAUGUUCCAACAAUUCGAACCGAUCACGAUAGGGCGUCUCCCUUGAAGGAAUACAAUCGCAAGGAUUCUUUCGAUUCGACAACGACCACCGCUUCAUCUGAGUACUAUGAUCUGGAUUUCCCCGAAUCGACCGUGGACUACAUGAACCAACAGGAAGCUGCUGUUAUUCAAGAAGUUCUCAGCCAAUCCGCUCCAACUGGCAUUACGCUGAAACUUUUCGUAACACCGCAGAAAUGCAGCAGCUGGGAAACGAUCUUCAACCCGAUCGAGAAUAUUCUUUACGUGUCGCUUCCGUCAGCCAUGUCGCACGAGGCAUCGAAGCAUUCUUUCAUUUCUCUGCUUGAAUUCGCAGAAGAAAAGCUUGAAUGCGAUGCUGUCGUGUUGUGCAUCCGUAAAGAUCGGCUCGAUCGUCCGAACCUGGUAAGGACGUUUUCGUUUGUUGGGUUUCAGCCACUGAGUCCCAAGUCGCCGUUAGCUCCGCCACACAUUGACGAGCAACAGAGGAAUGAAUAUCUCCUCAUGAUCUACAACAUCGAAGAAUGAAAUCCCUAAAAAUAUCAUGUGAUCCAUACCUUCCAUCAUAAUGGAUCACGUCAUAGUAACUCAGAAGAAAGACGUGCGUGGGUACUACUGUAUCAAAAUUAAGUUCGUGUCUUUAGACCGACGUCGCCGUAUGUAACAUCGAAGAUAAACAAGAAUUGCCCGGUCUGGAUUUGAGCUGUAAUAACAUCGUCAGUUCUUAAACGAUAAGGACGAAGUUGAUUCACUGAGCUUCGAUUGGUGGCAGAGAUCGUUGCACUCCAAAUCAGUGUGGUCAAUAUUCGUCCGUUUUGAUACAGUGGUAUAGUACAAAAUGUAGUAGCGCGUGAAAUGCAGUUGGAACGAUGAACGAUAAGCAUGAUACAUAUACCAUCAAUAUGCCAUCACCAUCAGCAAACAUCAUCAUGCUUGUGGAAUGGUUUCUUCAGUGAAAUUGCCAACUUUUCACCCAUUCUUAUACAAGCUUUCAGACACAAGCAUAUAAAGUCCAAGGAAGAUAACAUUUCCCUUUUCAAAGAUUACAAUACCAGCUAGGUUCUUCAUCAACUUAACGUAUGAAUGGACAUGGAAGAUAUUUUAGAGCGUACAUACUAUAGUAGACUACUAAUGGAAAGAAAAAUUGAAGAAGAAACAUCAUCAGAAUCGGUAUCACGAUCUAGCCAAUCGAUAUACUUGCGAAUUGUAAUUGUUUAAGAGAUUUGCUACUAUCAUCUGGUAAUCAUAAAAAAGAUUGAAAAUGACAAAAAAAUUAUAAAAUAUCUAAAAAAUGAAGAAAAAAAACCUUUUCUUUUUGCACAUUACAAUAACAAAAAUCUUGUUUUAACGAAAUAUCUUAUAAAGAACAGAACAAAUCAUCAGAUGAAAUCAACUGUCUUGGAGGAAAACUAAAUCCUCCACAAAAUACAAUAAACGAAGAAAGGAUAAAUACAGUUACGUGAUCAGGAAGAAAAGAAAAAGAAUACUGCAAGCAAGCGAACAGCUGAAACUAAGUGACGAAUUGUUGAGAGAUGGAAAACUCCUUUAAUACCUUUCGCUACGUAGCGAUGAGAACGGAGAAAAUUGAAAGGACCUUUUUUUCAGUGAAUGAAACAUUUUCUCGUUGACACAGAAGUAUCAAGGAUACAAAACACGUUCUCGUAUGAAGUGAAAAAUGUACUGUUUGUCGGCAUCGUUACUUUAGUUGCUAAGUUGAUUGUCUUUGCUGAUGUUUCUUAUCUCUUGAUUUCUUUAUUUGGUCUCUGUCCAGCGCAUAUCAACCAGUACUUAUGAUAAAACGAUGCGUUAGCAUUAAAACAAGUAACUUCUAUUACUUCUCCACCCCCUUUUCCUGACGACGAAUAAUAGUUCUUCUGGUAUAUUCCUACAACAUUUAUUAGAAUUAAGCACUUGUGUUAUUAUACCUAUUAUACUUAGCUGUAAUUUUUUUUCUUAUUAUGUUUAUCCCUGAAUUUAAUAAGAAUCCACCACCGAUGAUGGUAUUGUAAUGCUUUAAUUUGUAGCAAAAUUUUGAUCAGUUUCUCUGCAGUGGUGAGUCCGUGUGGGCAGAUUUGUUUUUGUAGGAAUGUUGCAGAUUCGGUGAAACGAAAGGAUGCGGUCGAGAUAGAAAAAAAACAGUUAUACUUACAACUACUGUUGUCAGACAUAGGAUCAAACCACGCAGCAGCAUCUGAAUACGUGGAAAAAUGAGUUUGUAAAACACCCCACGGUGCGAAAACGGAAAUGUGUAUCUCAAGGCUCAUUGAGGAAUAAUAGCAAGCACGAAUCAAAAGGCAAUCGCUUUUAAGACGUUGAAGAAAAUCACAGUAUAGCCAACGGAGAAAAAAGAGUUAUUGUUCUCAGUUACUUUUUUCCCAACUUUAUAUGUUGUUAUAUGGGUACAGAAGAGAAGAAACGUACGCAACCCGCCCUAUAUUAAUCUUACUAUUUUUAUCCAUCAGAACAAAGGGUACGACGUAACAUUGAGCUUUUUUUUUAAAUACACUAUAAUCAAUUUUGCAUAUGAUAUCUCAAUUGACUUUAUUUUUUUUGAACAAUGUUUUUAAGACACUGUGCUUGACAUAAUUCAGAAGAAAUAAAAAAAACUGAAGUUAA